AUGAGGACAUCGCGCGUGUCGAAGGAGACCUCGGCGCUCUUCAAGACGGCGAACCAGACGGCCCCGGCAUCGCCCCCGCGCAGGACGACGCGCUCCUCCCUCGCGCGCUUCGCGUACGCCGCCGACACGACGACCACGACGACAGCCACGGCGGACUCUGCGAUUCGGGAUAUUGUUCUGGGGAAUGACAUCGAAGACGCAGUCACGAGCACGAGCACGAGCACAACCAAAAAACGCAGACGCGCAGCCACUUCCACCAAGACGGAACCCGAGAUCAAGACCGAACAGACCGAAACGGAUACCAUCACAACGAGCACAACAAAACCCCCCGCGGCCAAAAAGGCACGAAAACCCGCGCGGGUGAUCAAGGGCCAGGACAGCAACACCCGCGUGGAACCGCCGUCGGACUGGGAGGCGAUGUACGACAUUGUCAAAAAGAUGCGCCUCACGGGCGCGGCCAAAGACGCGGCGGUCGACACGAUGGGGUGCGAGCGGCUCUUCCACCCGGACGCAUCCCAGCGCGACAGGCGCUUCCACAUCCUAAUCACGCUGAUGCUCUCGAGCCAGACCAAGGACACGGUGAACGCGGUGGCGAUGAGGCGGCUGAUGACGGAGCUGCCGGCGUGGAGGGAGGGCGCGGAGGUGGGACUGUGUUUGGAGAACGUGUUGGCCGUCGAGCCGGCCAAGUUGAACGAGUUGAUCUGGGCUGUUGGGUUUCAUAAUAACAAGACCAAGUACAUCAAGGCGGCGGCGGAGAUCCUCCGCGACAAGUUCGACGGCGACGUGCCGGACACGGUGGAGGGGCUGACGUCGCUGCCGGGCGUGGGUCCGAAGAUGGCGUAUCUGUGUCUGUCGGCGGCCUGGGACAAGACGGAGGGGAUCGGGGUGGACGUGCACGUGCACCGGAUCACGAACCUCUGGGGGUGGCACAAGACGACGCAGCCCGAGGGGACGCGGGCGGCGCUGCAGAGCUGGCUGCCGCGGGACAAGUGGCGCGAGAUCAACUGGCUGCUCGUCGGGCUCGGGCAGACGGUGUGUCUGCCCGUCGGGAGGAAGUGCGGGGACUGCGAGCUCGGGGCGAGGGGGUUGUGCAAGGCGGCGGAUCGGAAGAAGGUCAACGAGGGGCGGAGGACGAGGGAGGCUAAGGUCGAGGUCGGGGAGGAUUUGGUGAUCAAGACGGAGGAGGAGGAGGAGGUCGUCGUCAAGGAUGAAGUCGUAAACGAGUCCGUAGAACUGAACUCCGCGCCGGUGCCGGAGGUCAAGCCGGAAGAAAGCGAGCCGACGGGUGCGGCGGCGGCGGCAGCUCCGAGGAGGAGACGCGGAAAAGGGGCUUGA